GUUUUUUAAGAUUUCUCAAUUUUCAAAUGUUUAGACAAAAUAGACCUCUCCUUCCUCGCAGCUGCACAUUGGCUUGUGUACAAAGCCUCUUGACUCUUUGACCACUUCCCCUACAAUGCGAUUUCUCCACUUGUGAUUUACAUUCUCUAUCCCGAUCGAAAAAUUCGCCUGAUUUCGAUCGGAGAAUCGCAGAAUGGAGCCGGAUCUUCAGAACCAACAGCGAGUUCAUAGUGUAGUGAUAAUCACUCUCCCACCAUCUGAUGAUCCUUCACAAGGCAAAACAAUCUCUGCUUUCACCCUCACUGACCACGAUUACCCACCCGAAAUCCACCCCGAGGACGAGCGAAACCCGCGUUUUCAACCCGACCCGCUUCACCGAAACCCGGAUUCCGGACUCUGGUUCUCCGAUCUCUCAAUGAGUUCGCCGAGACUAGUGCUGGGUCUUCUCGGAAUCUCGCUUCUCGCGAUUGCUUUCUACGGCUCUGUUUUCCCCGAUACUGUUCAGAUGUUUAGGGUUUCUGACGAGAGGGACCGUGAUGAGAAUAAUCGCCGUGAAACGACGUCGUUUGUUUUCCCUGUGUACCAUAAAUUGAGAGCUCGAGAGAUCCCUGAGCGGAACUUAGCGGAAGUUUUGGAUGUAGCAGAGAAUGGAAUCUUUGUGGAAUCAAUUGAUCAAGAGCUGGUCAACCCUGUAAAAGUCAACGAUGCUUUCUCUGCAAGAGCUGGUUCUUUUGACUCCUCCGCUACGAUUUUUCCAGUCGGUGGAAAUGUGUAUCCAGAUGGGCUCUACUUCACACGGGUUUUUGUUGGAAACCCUGAAAAAGACGGACACUACUUUCAUCUUGAUAUCGAUACUGGAAGUGACUUGACUUGGAUACAAUGUGAUGCUCCUUGCACUAGUUGCGCUAAGGGAGCAAAUCAACUAUACAAGCCAAGAAAAGAUAAGUUAGUGGGAUCUGCCGAACACUUAUGCGUAGAAGUCCAAAAGAAUCAAGUGGCAGAGCAUUGUGAGAGUUGUCAACAAUGUGACUACGAGAUUGAAUACGCUGAUCUUAGCUCUUCCCUCGGAGUUCUCACCAAAGAUGAGUUUCAUCUCAAACUCCACAACGGAUCACUUGCCGAGUUGGAUAUAGUUUUCGAGUGCGGAUAUGAUCAGCAAGGCCUACUGUUGAACACUCUGCUAAAGACAGACGGGAUCCUCGGUCUAAGCAGAGCUAAAAUCAGCUUACCUUCUCAACUUGCAAGCCGAGGUGUCAUCAGCAAUGUGGUUGGCCAUUGUCUUGCCUCUGAUCUAAACGGUGAAGGGUAUAUCUUCAUGGGCUCUGAUUUGGUUCCAUUACAUGGAAUGACAUGGGUUCCUAUGCUCCACCAUUCUCACUUGGAAGUUUAUCAGAUACAAGUUACAAAGAUGAGCUACGGGAAUGGUAUUAGCUUAGAUGGCGAAAAUGGUAGAGUAGCGAAAGUCUUGUUUGAUACAGGAAGCUCCUAUACAUACUUCCCUAACAAGGCUUACUCUCAAUUAGUCACAUCACUUCAAGAAGUUGCUGGGUUAGAAUUAAAACGCGACGAAUCAGACAAGACACUGCCUAUCUGUUGGCAAGCUAACUUCCUGAUUAGUUCCUUAUCGGAUGUUAAGCGGUUCUUUAGACCAAUAACCAUCCAAAUAGGGAGCAAAUGGUGGAUCAUAUCAAGAAAGCUUUUGAUUCAGCCCGAGGAUUACUUGAUCAUCAGCAACAAAGGAAAUGUAUGUCUAGGGAUAUUAGAUGGAAGCAGUGUUCAUGAUGGUUCCAUCAUUAUUCUUGGAGACAUAUCGAUGCGUGAACACCUGAUCGUGUACGACAAUGUGAAACGGAGAAUCGGAUUGAUGAAAUCAGAUUGCGUUCGGCCUCGUGAAUCUGAUCACAGUUUAUCUUUCUUUCAAGGGUGAAGAUUCACAGUUAUUGUGUUUUGUAUAAACUCGACACUUGCGCACAGGGUGUUUAAUAUUAGUGUGUAAUUAGGUGUAAAUCACAACAUACUCUAGUAUAAAAAGAAAAGAAAGAGAUUAAUCAACUUUUAAUCAACUUGUGAAAAGAAAAGAUAAGAAAAAGAUUAGUCAACAUAUCAACAUAUCAAAAUCCUGUACGAUUAAUGAUUAAUGGGUUAUUGGGCUGUAUAAUCAUUUUCAUAAGAAACAUUUGUUAACGUAGCA